AUGUUGACCACAAAAGACCCCGAGAAACAAUCCUGCUUCCCCUCUGCAAAUAGCCAUCCUCCCUCUGACACAAGCGAUGUUGGAGUCGGCAACUUAGCUCAUGGGCAUGCUGGGCCUCAGGCCUUGCAUCGUAAACUGAGAGGUAAAGAGGUGCAGCUAUUUGCGAUCGGCGGUGCAAUCGGUACAUCUCUCUAUGUGCAGAUGGGAGCUGCACUUCCCAAGGGCGGACCUGCGGGUCUUUUCAUCGCUUUUAUUGUAUGGGGUACCGUGAUGUGGGCCGUGAACGAGUGCUUUGCUGAGAUGGUGACCUAUCUUCCCGUACCAUCCCCUUUCAUUCGAUUCGGUGGCGAGUGGGUCGAUGGGGCACUGGGAUUUGCUAUGGCAUGGAAUUUCUUCCUAAAUAUGGCAUUCCUGGUCCCGUUCGAGAUUGUGGCCAUGAACAUCAUGAUCACCUUUUGGACGGACAAGGUGCCAGUUGAGGCCAUUAUCGUCGCAAUGAUUGUACUAUAUGCGCUCCUCAACAUGAUCAGCGUGCGGUACUUUGGAGUCGCAGAGUUCUAUCUUUCAAUUUUCAAGGUAAUUCUGAUGAUUGGGCUAUUUUUCUUCACGUUCAUCACAAUGGUGGGAGGAAACCCUUUGCAUGACCGCUACGGCUUCAGAUAUUGGAAUGAUCCUGGAGCAUUUGUCGAACAUCUUUCUACUGGAAACACAGGGAGAUUCCUUGGAGUAUUAUCAUGUGUCUAUCAAGCUAGCUUCUCAAUUUGUGGACCAGAGUACAUUUCGAUGGUAGCUGCCGAGGCCGAGGCUCCACGAAAAGUUCUACCACCUGCUUUUCGAUCAUUUGUCUGGCGUAUCCUUCUGUUCUUCGUUGGAUCCGCUCUUUGUAUGGGCAUUGUCAUUCCGUAUAACGACACCACCCUUCUUGCAAUUCUUGGAGGUGACAUAUCUGGCUCGGGAACAGGUGCUGCAUCACCCUAUGUUAUUGCAAUGGAGCGGCUCAAGAUUCAUGGCCUCUCUCACCUUGUGAAUGCACUUAUCAUGACAUCCAUAUUUAGCGCCGGUAACGGUCUGCUCUUCGCCGCGACCCGUACAUUGCACGGGAUGUCAAUUGAAGGUCAUGCACCUCGAUUCCUGUCGCAGUGCACCAAGGCUGGUAUCCCAAUCUGGGCUCUUGCUGUAUCUCUCUCAUUUUGUCUUCUCGCCUUCCUCCAAGUCAACGCCUCCUCGGCAGUAGUUAUGACAUAUCUUGUCGACCUUGUCACAUGUUGCCAACUGCUAAAUUACGGCUUUACGGCAGUAACAUACCGCCACUUUUACUCAAGUCUCAAGAAACAGGGAAUCUCAAGAGACAGCCUUCCUUAUAAAGGGCGUUUUCAGCCUUACACCUCCUACUUCGCUAUGAGUGGCACACUCUUCAUGCUCCUAGCAGGUGGUUAUGAUUUGUUUUUAACGGGUGGGUGGGACGUGAUGUGGUUCUUCCUGGACUAUGGAAUGAUAGGCUUUUUCAUCAUUGCAUUACUUGGCUGGAAGCUGCUCGCUAGGACAAAAUACGUUUGGCCAGGAACUGCGGACAUAUCUCUCGGUGGCCUGAAAGAAGAAAUUGACACUUAUGAGGCUCUUUACUUGGCAGAUAAUCAAGGAGAAAAGAAUGGCUUGCUGGAUAAGUUGUUCAAUUGA